CCGAUCUUCUUUCAUCGCUCAUCUUCUUCUUCUCGUUUCUCUCGCGUCUGCGAUUGUAAUCAAUGGAAGAAAUUGAUCUGAGAAUCUUGAAUUCACUUUGAUUCGUCGGGAUUGGGAUCUCGCAAUUCUCACUCCAUCGACGUUAAUCAUGGGCAAGGUUAGAGCUCUUCCUCCUCCUUCAGAUCUUUCCCCCUCAGUCCUUUCCUUCCUCGAUCAUCAGCUGUACAACAAAGAAACUCUCGCGCAAGGCCCCACCCUCGUCCUCGACCUUCAAACUCGCUGCCACCAAUUGGAUCAGUCUCUAAUCGAGCUCAAUCGGAACCUUCAACAUGCUCUUCUCUCUCACUCUUCCUUCUCCGAUCGUCUUCAUGCCCUCCUUGGAGAUGUUAAUGGAAAAUUGGUUGGUCUUGAAUCACUCACUCGCUCUCGCAGUCCCACACAAGGAGUUGGGAUAGCUGAUGGGGUGCUGGGGAAGGAGCUAUCGUCGCUGGCAAAAGAAGUGGCGAGAAUGGAGGCGGUACGAAUGUACGCCGAAACAACAAUGAAGCUUGAUGGCAUGGUUGGAGAUAUUGAAGAUGCCGUAUCUUCCGCAAUAAACAAAAAUUUAAGGAAACAUUCUCCGGCACAGAGUUCAGAGGAUGCAAGGCUGCUUGCUAUAAAAACCCUUAAACUUACCGAAGAUAUCUUAACAUCAAUUGCAAAGACACGCCCUCAGUGGACACAUCUCGUGUCAGCAGUUGACCAUAGAGUUGAUCGUGCUUUUGCUAUUUUAAGACCUCAAGCAAUUGCAGAUCAUCGCUCCCUUCUUGCUUCCCUUGGAUGGCCCCCACCUCUCUCCAAUAUGACUGUUACUAGUGAUGCAACAAAAUUGACUGAAUCCCAAAAUCCUCUCUUUACAAUGCAAGGAAGGCUCAAACAACAAUACUGUGAAAACUUUCUCGCCCUAUGCAGCCUACAAGAGCUGCAAAGACGGAGAAAAUCUCGACAACUCGAUGGCCAUAAUAGAGAGGUUGCUUUGCAACAGCCCCUUUGGGCUAUUGAAGAGCUUGUCAAUCCUAUAUCAUUAGCAGCUCAAUGUCAUUUUUCGAAGUGGGUUGAUAAGCCAGAAUUUAUUUUUGUUCUCACUUAUAAGAUUACCAGGGACUAUGUCGAUUCUAUAGACGAAGUUUUGCAACCUCUUGUUGACGAAGCAAGGUUGGUAGGGUAUAGUUGCAGAGAAGAAUGGAUAUCAUCAAUGGUGUCCUCCUUGUCAACUUACUUGGCUAAGGAGAUCUUUCCAAAUUAUAUCAGUCAAUUGGAUGAGACUGGUACUGAUAUUCAAUCACAGGCUAGAAUAUUAUGGCUUCAUCUAGUUGACCUUAUGAUAUCGUUCGAUAAAAGAAUCAAAUCACUUGUUGAGCAGUCUGGAAUUUUGCUUUCUUUUGAUGAAAGUGGAAACAUGCAAAGAAUUUCUUCAUUAGCUGUUUUCUGUGAUAGACCUGAUUGGCUUGAUUUAUGGGCAGAAAUGGAGCUAAGUGAUGCAUCGGCUAAACUGCAAAUUGAGGUAGACAAUGAGAGAAACUGGGCUGAUAAAGUUCCCGCAGCAGCUCUAUCUUCUUCCUCUGAGCAUUCAAAGUCUCCUGCAGUUUCCACAGCCUUUAUUAAGCACCUCUCAUCUUUGAUUUAUCGUUGUCGAUCUCUGCCUAGUAUCUCAUUGAGGUCAAGAUUUUUCAGGCUAGCCGGUUCCCCUAUCAUUGCUAAAUUUUUGAAUUGUAUCGUAAUCAGGUGCCAGGAAGCUGAAGGUUUAACUGCCUUGACAGACGAUGAUGCACUCGUUAAAGUCACAAACUCGAUUAAUGCUGCACGAUAUUUUGAAUCUGUUCUAAAAGAAUGGUGUGAAGACAUGUUUUUCCUUGAGAUGGGAUUGGCUUAUGAUGAUCAACCAAGCGUAUCAGAUAGUAAUGGUGAUAUUCAUGGGCUGUUAGAAAGUCAAUCAAAUGGUAUCAUCGACCCAGCUAUUAGAAAUUUGGAGGAGUUCAGGCAGGAAUGGGUCGGGAAAAUAUCCACAGUCACUUUGAGGGGCUUUGAUGCUCAAAGUCGAGAUUACGUAAAAAACAAAAAGCAAUGGAAGGAAAAAUGUGAAGAUGGUUGGACAGUGUCGAGGCUUUUAAUUGGGGCUCUGGACUAUUUGCAAGGAAAAAUGUCAGUUUUAGAGAAAAGUUUGAAUGCUAUAGACUUCGUUUCACUCUGGAGAACCUUAGCUGCUGGCAUCGAUCGAUUUCUUUUCAAUGGCAUACUGAUGAGCAAUGUGCAGUUUAAUGAUGUUGGAGUAAAGAGGUUUGCUGAUGAUAUGGAGGUGUUGUUUGGGAUCUUCAGGUCAUGGUGUUUGAGGCCUGAAGGUUUCUUCCCAAAAAUAAGUGAGAGCUUGAGAUUGCUGAAGAUGAAGGAAGAGCAACUUAGAAGUAGUUUGGUGGGAGAGGAGACUUGGAUGAAGGAAAAUGGGCUAAAACAUUUGAGUGCAACUGAGGCAGAAAAGAUUGUGAAGAAUAGGAUAUUGUAGAAUUAGAAUUACAAAGGCAAAAUAUUAGGACAAGGCAUUGUUUGCUUGCUAGUUUUGUUGGACAUUUUUGGUCUGUUCUGUGGCUGUACAUUUUGAUGAGGUUUCUUGAACUAGUUUAUUGAUUUAAGGGAAGUGAAAUGUCAACAUAAAUUAUUUCAACUA